CAUAACCUUUUUACUACUUCCCUUCAAAGCUCCCACCUUUGAAGGCCAAGGGAGAAAAAAAAAGAGAGAAAGAGCAUCUGAUUCUCUCUCUACUCUCUUCUUCAUCAAUCUUCACUUCCAUAUAUUAUCUACUACCUGAAUUAUUUCACAGAAAACACAAAAGAAAACAAAGGGUUUAUAUCAUUGAUGGGUUCAUUUGAAGCUUCAGAAGAAACUGUAAAGUUUCUAUGUGACAGACUUCUUGAUCAAACUCAGCCUAUCUCUGAACGUUUUAGGGCUCUAUUCUCUCUCCGCAAUCUUAAAGGUCAUCUUCCUCGUCAUGCUCUGAUUAUGGCUACAAGAGAUGCUUCAAAUUUGCUGGCACACGAGGCGGCAUUCGCAUUGGGCCAAAUGCAAGAUGCAGAUGCUAUACCUGCCUUGGAAUCUAUUCUUAAUGACCUCGCUUUGCAUCCUAUUGUCCGUCAUGAGGCUGCUGAGGCUCUCGGAGCUAUAGGCAUAGAGAUGAAUGUUCCUCUCUUAAAAAGAAGCUUGAUCUCUGAUCCAGCUCCUGAGGUCAGAGAAACAUGUGAAUUGGCUCUGCAUAGGAUCGAGGAAAUGAAAAAUAAUGAGUCUGAUGAUAGAGGACCAUCUCCAUAUUUAUCAGUUGACCCAGCUGCACCAGCUUCUUGCUCUUCUGUAUCUGAGCUAAGGGAAGUGCUUUUGAAUGAAGGAAAGGGUAUGUACGAGCGAUAUGCUGCGUUAUUUGCUCUACGCAAUGAUGGGGGAAAUGAGGCUAUCGCUGCAGUUGUUGAUUCCUUGGGAGCUAAGAGUGCUUUAUUGCGCCAUGAGGUUGCUUAUGUGCUUGGCCAAAUGCAAAAUAAAGCUGCUUCAGCUGCCCUUAUCAGGGUUCUUAAAGAUGUUGCUGAACACCCAAUGGUUAGACAUGAAGCCGCUGAAGCUCUUGGCUCCAUUGCAGAUGAAACAAGCGUAGCACUUCUUGAGGAAUUUGCCAAGGACCCUGAGCCUAUAGUCUCACAGAGCUGUGAGGUCGCUCUCAGCAUGCUCGAGUUUGAAAAAUCAGGCAAAUCUUUUGAGUACCUCUUUAUGCAAAAUCCUGUUGCUGGCGAAGCUGCUUAAUCAUUGGGAUACCAAUCUUCUGUAUCAGAAUUAUUUAUUUUUAGAAUGAUCUCUAUUUUUGGUACUAAGAAUAGUGUUCUUAAUCUCGAUUCGAAAUGGAAUCUACAGAAGAAUGUAGAGUAAGCUAUAGUUUAUCUACUGCAAGUUUUGUGUAAGCUAUAGUUUAUCUGGUCAUAUGUUUUAUGGUAUCAUUAGAGUGAUAGACUAAUACUUCUAUAUUAUAGCAUACAAUACUUCUCCAUUGUCCAUUAUUUAGAAUGGUGUAUACAAAAUAAUACUCACUGAAAAAUUGGUAUCUAAUGACUGAUAGUCCAAUUUUUCAUUUUCUUAAGAGA